CGAAGGUCACAAAAUGGCGGAAAACGAAGUGAAAACAUUGCAAAGAUUUGCUUCUAUAGCUCCAUCUGCACCUCCGUCUAUACAGACCGUGACUGUUUCUAAGCGAAAAAAGAUAGUACUGCUGUCUAAUGGCAACGAGUUUCUUUAUUUGAUAGCUAAAGACAGCAUAGACCACACCUUUCGAUUCCCCUCUUCGAUUACGACUGUUCGUUUCCAAGAGUGGAAUGGAAAGAGACGAAUAUUUGCAGCAACAGUGGAUGGGAAUAUUUUUGCUGUUUCUUUGCCAGAGAGUCUGACCAAAAGCAAGAGAGAGAGGAAGGAGAUUGGAGAGCUCAAUCUGGAAGUCACUAGUGGUGAAACAAAACUAAUUCAGAAUGAUGAGAAUGACAUCUUUGGAGAACUCCUUGCUGGUACAAGUGCUACUGUUGGAAAAACACCCCAUAAACAGUCACUUAAAUCUUUGAAGAACACGACAGUGAUUGAUGUAGGAAGUGCAGUUUUAUUUGAGCAGAGUUUAAAAACUUUUAUUCCUAUUGGAGACAAGUUGAUAUGUUGUAGAACUUCAGACAAAGGCUACUUUUUGUCUUUGUUUGGAACAGUAGUACCUAAUAGCGAUGUUCUGAUGCCAGCUUAUGAAGCCCUUCCAGAGCUCAAAUCAAAAGUAGAAGUGCCAUCGCUUAUGUCUUCAUGGGAAGAAAGCCAAAGAAGUCGUCACUGGUGUUAUACACCCCAGUUAUGCUGUGUACAACCAAGUAGCACUGUGUCAUGUUCAUUGUGUCCAGUUAUUGAAAGACCAUUAUUUAACAAGCUUUUUAACUGGGAAGCAUCCCUCUUGGACUCACCAGUUGUUAUGUUUGGUGGUGAAGACGGGCAAAUACUAUUUUGGCCUGUGAACAGCUUUGCUCUCACAAGCACAAAUCCUGAGACUCUUGGAGGUAGGCAGUCAUUUUCACCUCAGUUGCUUUAUCAUCUGGAACAAAGAGUGUCGGCAAUUUAUGCAGGAAAUAUUCAUUGUCAAGAGGACUCUUCAGGCGUAAGCAGCGCUAAAUGCAAAAAAGGUUCCACUGGUUAUUGCUGCAAUGCUCUUGUCUUUGUUGGACAUUGUGACAAGCUUGUUAUUGCUCAUGAAAGAAAACCUGAGAAGGGAGAUGAAGUAGGAGCUAUCCAUUUUAGUGGACACACAAUUCUUGGACCUGUUCUGUGCUCCUGUUUAAGCAACAGGGGUGACACUCUGGUGCAUUCAACAGGAAAAGAAAUUUUUGUCACAAGGUUGAGUGUAAAUGAUGCAAUGGAUGCAGCAAGCUCUACUCCUUUGUUAUCUUCAUGCAUGUUGACAUUGUUCACCACUCUAAGCAUGCAGAUACCAAACAUUUGCACAGUUUGUUGUGUAGAGAAGAAGAACAAGACAACUGGAACAGUGACUCAAGCUUAUGCUCUCAAUAUGAAUGGGAGACUGUUACAGUUUGUUUUGCCUGAUUCACAAGAUGAAGAAUCACACAUCUACUCAAAUGUCUCACCUCAAAUGGCUGGUGAGAAAGUGAAGAGUUACUUGAGGGAGAUUGAAACUCAGGCAGCAGAACUGGCCAAAGUGAAUGCUACCAUAGAGACAGAGGAUAGUAUUUUGAGAGAGCUUAACAUGGUUAUCCACACUGUCUGCCAACUUGCUAAGGAUGCAGCAGUUUCUGGGAUAGAAACAACUCAACAGAGUAUGUGUCCGAUCUCCUGCACUUUUACACCCAGUGUUCUGUCCUGUGACAGUAGUGGAAAUAGUUCAGUGUCUUUGCAUUGUAAAGUUGUUAAUCAAGGGACCUUGAUGUUGUCAUCUUCGUGGUCUCUGCUGGUUCAGGUACAAGGUCAAGAACCUUGGUGUCGUCAAGUCACAGCAGAUUCACACAACAUUGGCCGAUCAAUGCCGCUGAAGAUUUCUAAUCCAGGGUCAUUCGUAGAGAUAGACAUCCCCCUUAGCAAGUCUUUCUCUUCAUCAUUUCACAUUGUCGCAGAAGUGCAAUUGUAUUGUAACUUGAAUUCAUUACUUGCUGGUGUCAGAACAGAUCCAAACUCAGGAGAUUUCUUCAAGACGCCUGUUGAAGAUGUGCUGAUACCGAUCAGUAGGCAUGUGUUUGAUGUGCUUCAUUUUGUGCGACCUCAUCAGAUGGAAUCACCCAUUUCUGUGAAAAAUCCACUACCAGGUUCCAAGGAAGAGCUUUUACAAACCUUAGACAAACUCAACUCAGAAAUCCAAUUUACGAUAAACAAGGAGGAUCUGUUUGGGCAGAGUGGAGCAGAGAAUGCAGAGAGAUCUUUGCAAUUUGGAAGCUACUCUGCAAGUUUUCUUGUUUCUCAGGACGCCGUAAGCUUCAUGAAGAUUGUUGCUCAAAACAGUUCUGCUCAAAAUGCAACUCAGGAAACUGUACAAUCUUUAACACCACAGGAUACUGUUUUGCACUUUAUUCUCACGGAUUCCAGCAUCAACCAUCAGCAGAUUGAUUUCAAGUAUUCAGGCAUUGACUUGCUAACUGUUAAUGGAAGUCAAGCAUCACUACGCGUGAAGCCUGCGACAGGAUAUGUAACAUCAGCCGAUGGUCCGCCCUUGGAGGUCGCAUUACACUGUUCAUCUAUACCGCUCCUCUGCCGCCUGCACGAGGCGGUGUUGGCAAGAUUUCAACCUGUCAUCAAACGUGAGACCAGAAAAAGUCAAAUGCGAGCAUAUGACCUUCAGAAAGCAGUAGAGAAACUCCAGACUCUGCAAGUGAAGAUCAUGUCGCUGGAGGAUGCCGCGUUAUCUUCAAGAUCAUCCCUCAGCCAUGACAUUAAUCAAGGAGUCGCGUUAAAGCUCAAGCUGUGGACACUGUACGAGGAACUUGGACGCAUAGUUCUGCUUAUCUAAUCAGUCGAGUUUGAUAGCAAAUACCACUCAAGCAGAUCUUAUUGCGGGUUUAACUGCCAGAUUGCGCGAUCUUUGCUGUUACGGUUUAUUUACUGAAAUGUCAUUGGUGGGCACAGACGGUUGUGUUGAAGAAUCAGUUGUAUUGGUAUGAAGUAGCCUUGUCUUCUUGCUUGUGCGACAUCAGCAAUUGAAAAAGGGAUGUGUGCCAUGACUUCUAAAAUACCGAAAACAGCGAAAAUGUGACUUAUAAAGUUUAGAAAUGAUAGUGAAGUACUGUACAAUAUACACGUAUUUUAAACAUUGUUUAUUGGUGUCUUCGGUUACAACAAAGUUGCAAUGUUCAAAAACACUGCCAACUAGCGCUUGCGUAACACAUUAUGAAAAAAGGCAAUUAAACGGUCUCUACGUAUGCUUAGCGGAUACUGAGGCCCGUCCAAACUACGUCGAAGAAAUUUCACGGCGUUGUCACUCUGAAAACGCAUCGAAUGUUUUUCGUUCACACUACGCGUAGAGAAAUUUUAAAACGCGAUGAUCAUUCAUAACCGACUGCGACCAUCAUUCAUGUCUUUACAAAACAAACUCUAUAAAGUUUAGAACUUUUGAUCUCC